UUUACUCCCAGCCAAUCACGUCGGCAGUAGUUGUGUGGAUUACAUGUACGGGUCAGACGCUACUGAAAUAAUUGAGUGAGCCUCAAUGACAGACUGCGGAAUCAUAGCCGGGACAACAAACUCAAAUUAAAACGGUACACAUCUGGGAUCGAUACUCAAGCGGACCAUGGCAGCGUAGCUUUUGAGGUCUUUUUAAAGAUGGGGGUCACCAGACAGGUGUUGCUCCUGCUCUGGAAGAACGUCACCUACCGCAGGAGAAACAAGAUCCAGCUGAUCAUCGAGCUAGUCUGGCCGCUCUUCCUCUUCCUCAUCCUCAUCGCCGUUCGCCACUCCCACCCGCCCUACAAGCAGAGCCAAUGUCACUUUCCCAACAAGGCCCUCCCCUCUGCGGGCACCCUGCCCUGGAUCCAGGGCAUCGUCUGCAACAUCAACAACCCCUGCUUCCACAGCCCCACGCCGGGGGAGACCCCGGGACAAGUGGGCAACUUCGACAACUCAAUUCUGUCCCGUGUGUUCGCCGACGCCCAGACCAUGCUGACCUACGGCGGGAACAACAGCUUCACGGGCUUCACGGGCCUCCAGCAGAGCCUGGAGCGCCUGGGGGAGCGACCUGGAGCCUGGCCAAAUCUCCCUGUCGGUGAAUACCUGAAAGCCAAUGAGACGUUCUCUACCUUCCUCCUGACCAAUGGCAACCUGUCCUCUGCUACUGUGGAUCAGCUGUUGAAGGCCCGCCUUAAUUUGCAGGUCACCGUAGCGGCGCUGGGCAUCCCCCUUAGCACCCUGGUGUGCAACGCCAGCCUGCUGGGGCGCUACCUGAGUGUGGGCGGGGGGGACGCCGGCGCCAUGGCCGACCUGCAGGGGGCGCUGUGCGGCCUCCAGCCCGACACCCUGAUGCAGGCCGAGCGCCUCUUCCUCUCCCAGCUCGACUUCUCCAAGGUCUUCACGAGGGAGCGUCUCUUUGCUAACGCUGGUGAUCUGAGGAUCAUCAGCCGAGCUGCGACUGAUGUCUCUAAGGAGCUGGCCGUUCUUCUGGACCAUUUCUCCUCCCUCUCCAGCUUCACGGACCUCAGCUCCGACCUGCGCCUCCUCCUGCCGGGGGAGAACCGCUCAGCGGCGGGGGCGGGGCCGGGGGCGGGGCCGGGGGCGGGGCCCCGGGAGCGCUACCGGGCCUUCUCCCGGGUGGUGUGCGGUCACCCCGAGGCGGGGGGGGAGCGGGUGCCCUCCCUCAACUGGUACGAGGACAACGACAUCAAGUCCUUCCUGGGCAAGAACGGCACCGAGGACCUGGACCUGGACGGGGACAACGACACCACGCCGUUCUGUAAGAGCCUGAUCCAGACGCUGGAGUCCAACCCGCUGUCCCGCAUCGUGUGGCGGGGGCUCAAGCCGCUGUUCAUCGGGAAGCUGCUCUACACGCCGGACACGCCCGCCGUCCAGCAGGUCAUGAAGCAGGUGAACAAGACCUUCCAGGACCUGGGGAUCCUCCAGGACCUGAACGAGGCGUGGCUGGAGGUGGGCCCAGCCGUCAAGGACUACAUGGAGACGGGGCCGCAGGUCCGCCUGCUGCAGGAGCUCCUCCGGCGGCCCCAGGUGGCGGUGCUGGUCAACAUGAACCUGCAGCAGACCAGCUGGACGGCAUCCAGCAUCGCCCGCUUCCUGUCCACGCGGCCCGCCGGUGCCCCCCGCCCCGCCGGCGCCCCCCCCACCUGGCUGGACGUGUACAACGACUUCAACCACACCCUCAGCACGCUGGCCCAAGUCACCCAGUGUUUCUCUCUCAACAAACUGGAGGGGGUGGCGACCGAGGGGAAGAUGAUUGACAGGGCCCUGGAGCUAAUCGAGAACCGGGAGUUCUGGGCGGGUGUGGUCUUCCUGAUGCCUAACUCCUCCUCCAACGACAGCCUGCCGCCACACGUCACCUACAAGAUCCGCAUGGACAUCGAUGACGUCACCCGCACCAACAAGAUCAAGGACCGGUUCUGGGACCCCGGUCCGGCGGCGGACCCCUUCAACGACAUGCGCUACAUCUGGGGGGGCUUCGUGUACGUGCAGGACCUGGUGGAGCGCGCGCUGGCCCGCGUGCUGAGCGGCGUGGAGCAGACCACCGGCAUCUACAUCCAGCAGAUGCCCUACCCGUGCUACGUGGACGACGUCUUCCUGCGUGUGCUGAACCGCUCCCUGCCCCUCUUCAUGACCCUGGCCUGGAUCUACUCGGUGGCCAUGAUCAUCAAGGGCGUGGUGUACGAGAAGGAGGCGCGCCUGAAGGAGACCAUGCGGAUCAUGGGGCUGGGCUCGGGCACGCUGUGGGUCAGCUGGUUCAUCAGCAGCGUGGUGCCCUUCCUGGUGUCCGCCCUCAUGCUCAUCGCCCUGCUCAAGUGGGGGGAUAUCCUGCCGUACAGCGACCCCUCGGUGGUCUUCUUCUUCCUGACGGCGUUCGCCACGGCGACCAUCAUGCAGUGCUUCCUGAUCAGCACCUUCUUCUCGCGUGCCAACCUGGCGGCGGCGUGCGGCGGGCUGCUCUACUUCAGCCUCUACCUGCCCUACGUGCUCUGUGUGGCCUGGAGGGACCACCUCAAGACCAGCCACCGGGUCCUGGCCAGCUUCCUGUCCCCCGUGGCCUUCGGGUUCGGGUGUGAGUACUUCUCCCAGUACGAGGAGCAGGGCGAGGGCAUCCAGUGGUACAACCUCCACUCCAGUCCCAGCGAGGGAGACACCUACAACUUCACCACUGCCAUCGUCAUGCUGUACGUGGACGCCGUUAUUUACGCCGUAGCCACAUGGUACAUCGAGGCUGUGUUCCCCGGUCAGUAUGGUGUCCCCAAGCCGUGGAGCUUCAUCUUCCAGUGGAACUACUGGGGAGGGGUACCCCUGGAAGUGGGCAUGCCCAUCCCCCCAGCUCCCACCGAACAAGUUCAAGACCGCAUCGAACCGGAGCCCACCGACCUGGUGCUGGGCGUGUCCAUCCACAACCUGGUGAAGAUCUACCAGAAGGGCGCCAAGCUGGCCGUCAACCACCUCAACCUCAAGUUCUAUGAGGGACAGAUCACCUCCUUCCUGGGCCACAACGGGGCGGGGAAGACCACCACCAUGUCCAUCCUGACAGGCCUGUUCCCGCCCACCUCUGGGACGGUGUAUAUAAAGGGGAGCGACAUCCGCACGGACAUGGACUUCAUUCGCAGGACGCUGGGAGUCUGCCCGCAGCACAACGUCCUGUUUGACACUCUGACGGUGGAGGAGCAUGUGUGGUUCUACGGGCGUCUGAAGGGGCUCUCUGAGGAGGAUGUGAGGGGGGAGAUGGACACCCUGCUGGAGGACGUGGACCUGCUGCACAAACGCCACGAGCAGACCAAGAACCUCUCCGGCGGGAUGCAGAGGAAGCUGUCGGUUGCCAUAGCGUUCGUGGGGAACUCUAAGGUGGUGGUCCUGGACGAGCCCACAGCCGGCGUGGACCCCUACUCCCGCCGGGGCAUCUGGGACCUGCUGCUCAAGUACCGCAAAGACCGGACCAUCAUCCUGUCCACCCACUACAUGGACGAGGCCGACCUGCUGGGCGACCGCAUCGCCAUCAUCUCUCAGGGCCGUCUGUGCUGCUGCGGCUCCCCGCUGUUCCUGAAGGCGCGCCUGGGGACGGGCUACUACCUGACGGUGGUGCGGAGGCCCGGCCCGGCCGACACCGGGACCUGCACCCCGGUCAGCGCCAGCACCCGCUCCAGCUCCAGCAUCAAGACCGCCUGCAGCACCCGCAGCAGCCGGGUGCUGCCCCCCCACUCCAAGGACAGCGACUCCUCCCUGAGCGACGACACCGGCCUGGGAAGCGACGACAGCGGAUCAGACCUGGCGGCCCUGCUGGCCCUGGCGCAGCGACAUGUCCCCGGGGCCCGGCUGGUGGAGGAGUCGGGCGGGGAGGCGGUUCUGAACCUGCCCCAGACGGCCGCCCAGGACGGGGCUCUGGCCGCCUUCCUGGCCGAGCUGGAGCUCAAGCUGGGGGAGCUGGGCCUGGCCAGCUACGGGCUGUCGGACAGCACCCUGGAGGAGAUCUUCCUGCGCGUUGCCGAGGAGACGGGGGUGGAUGCUGAGCCUGAGGCCGAGGCCGUCUCUCCCCAGACAGAGCAGCUCCCAGCUGGGCAGAGGCUCCAGAGACCCCUGGGGGACACGCCCGAAGAACCAGAGACCGGAAGGAAAAGGCUUCGUAAGCAAGACCCCCAGGAGACGGACCCCCUGAGCGGGGACAGCCAGGGCGGGGCCCCCCUGACCGGCUGGUGGCUGACCUGGCAGCAGCUCCGCGCCCUGUUCCUCAAACGCUGGCUCUACGCCCGCCGCAGCCGCAGGGGCUUCCUGGCCCAGAUCGUGCUGCCGGCCGUCUUCGUCCUGAUCGCCCUCCUCUUCAGCCUGGUGGUGCCCCCCUUCGGGAAGUACCCGUCCCUCAAGCUCCAGCCCUGGAUGUACGGGGAGCAGUUCACCUUCUUCAGCAACGACGCCCCCGGCGACCCGGCCAUCGAGAGCCUUCUGGAAGCCCUGCUGGACCAGCCCGGUUUCGGCACCAAGUGUCUGGAGAUGGAGGAGAACAGCUCGGUACCGGACUGCGGGGCGGAUCAGAGCGGCGUGUUCAGGCGGCCGCUGGUGCCCUACUCCACCUGGGAGAUGUUCCACCAGGGGAACUGGAGCCGCCGGGAGCCCAGCCCGCAGUGCCAGUGCAGCACGGAGGACGUCCGCCGCAUGCUGCCAGACUGCCCCCUAGGGGCCGGAGGUCUGCCGCCACCACAGAUGAAGAGGUUCACAGGGGACACCCUACAGAACCUGACCAGCCACAACAUCUCAGACUACCUGGUCAAGACCUACCCGCAGAUCCUCAAGAAGAGUCUGAAGACCAAGAAGUGGGUGAAUGAAUUCAGGUACGGGGGUUUCUCCCUAGGGGGCCGCUCCACCCAGAUCCCCACCCAGACCGACCACCUCCAGGAGUCCGCCAGCUCCAUCAGGACCCGCUACCAGGUGGAACAGAACAGCUCCCUUGACCGCCUGCUGGACCGUCUCCCUGUUUUCCUACAAACACUCAACAGUCAGAACAACGUCAAGGUGUGGUACAACAACAAGGGCUGGCACGCCAUGGUGUCGUUUGUGAAUGUGAUGAACAACGGGCUGCUGAGGGCCAGCCUGCCCCCUGGAGGAGAGAGGAGGAGGGCGGGCAUCACCGCCUACAACCACCCCCUCAACCUCACCAAGGAGCAGCUCUCAGAGAUGGCCAUGAUGACGACCUCGGUGGACGUGCUGGUGUCCAUCUGCGUGAUGUACGCGCUGUCCUUCGUGCCGGCCAGCUUCGUGCUCUUCCUGAUCGAGGAGCGGGUCAGCAAGGCCAAGCACCUGCAGUUCGUGAGCGGGGUCAAGCCCAUCCUGUACUGGCUGGCCAACUACGCCUGGGACAUGUUGAACUACACGGUCCCGGCCACAAUGGUGGUGCUGAUCUUCGUGGCCUUCCAGCAGAAGGCCUACGUCUCUGACACCAACCUGCCAGCCCUCAUCCUGCUUCUGCUGUUCUACGGGUGGUCCAUCACCCCGCUCAUGUACCCGGCGUCCUUCCUCUUCUCGGUGCCCAGCACGGCCUACGUGGUGCUCACCUCCAUCAACCUCUUCAUCGGCAUCAACGGCAGCGUGGCCACCUUCGUCCUGGAGCUGUUUGUGGACGAGCAUCUGAACGAGGUGAACCGGAUCCUGAAGAAGGUGUUCCUCAUCUUCCCUCACUUCUGCUUGGGCAGAGGCCUCAUCGACAUGGCCAAGAACCAGGCCAUGGCCGAUGCCUUCCAGAGGCUCGGGACCAAGCAGAAGCUGGACCCCCUGCAGUGGGACUUCGUGGGGAAGAACCUGUUCGCCAUGGCCGCCGAGGGCGUGGUCUUCUUCCUCUUCACCAUCCUGCUGCAGUACAAGUUCUUCAUCCGCUGCAGGCCGAAGUGGGCGGAGCCUGAGAUGCCCCCUAUUGGUGCCGAGGACGAGGACGUGGCCAGGGAGAGAGAGAGGGUGAAGAGCGGGCGAGCGCAGGGAGACAUCCUCACCAUGACGGACCUGAGCAAGGUGUACAGCGUCGGCAGGCCUCCAGCCGUGAACCGGCUGUGUUUGGGGAUCCCACGAGGCGAGUGUUUCGGCCUGCUGGGGGUCAACGGGGCGGGCAAGACGUCCACGUUUCGCAUGCUGACCGGAGACACGUCCAUCACCCAUGGAGAGGCCUUCCUCCACCAGCACAGUGUCCUGACGGAGAUGGAGCGGGUCCACCAGCUCAUGGGCUACUGCCCCCAGUUCGACGCCAUCAGCGACCUGCUGACCGGACGGGAACACCUGGAGUUCUACGCCCGGCUGCGCGGGGUACCGGAGGAUGCGGUUGCCAAGGUGGCCCAGUGGGGGGUGAGGAAGCUGGGGCUGAGCCAGUACGCGGAGAGAGAGGCGGGGGGCUACAGCGGGGGCAACAAGAGGAAGCUCUCCACCGCCAUCUCCCUCAUCGGCUCCCCGCCCGUCAUCUUCCUGGACGAGCCCACCACCGGCAUGGACCCCAAGGCCAAGCGCUUCUUGUGGAACUGCAUCGUGAGCGUCACCAAGGAGGGCCGGGCUGUGGUGCUCACCUCCCACAGUAUGGAGGAGUGUGAGGCUCUCUGUACCAGAAUGGCCAUCAUGGUCAAUGGAAGGUUCCAGUGCCUUGGGUCCGUCCAGCACCUGAAGAACAGGUUCGGGGACGGCUACACCGUGGUGCUGCGGCUGGCCGACGGCAAGCAGGCCCCGGACCAGAGCCUGGUGGACGGGUACCUGCACAGCGCCUUCCCCUCCAUCGAGCUGAAGGAGCGGCACCAGAACGUGCUGCAGUACCAGCUGCCCUCCCACGCCUGCUGCCUCUCCCGCCUCUUCCAGGUGCUCUCCAGCCACUACGAGGAGCUGGGCGUGGCCGACUUCUCCGUCUCGCAGACCACCCUGGACCAGGUGUUUGUGAACUUCGCCAAGGAGCAGGGCGACGACGACAGACUCACAGACGUCCUGAGCAAGCCCCCUUCGGCCCCGGCCCGGCCCGCCACCCAGCCCGACGACCCGCCGACCAAAACCCCUCAGCCCGGCGGGGUCCCGGCCCCCGACACGGCGCCCGCCGACAGCAAAUCAAAGCGGAGGAAAUCCAAAACGACUCCCGACGCGGAGCCCGGCGGCAGCGGUUCUGGGAAGAACCAAAGCAACGGCGGGGGAACGGCGGGCGGUUCCUGCAUGGAGAUGACCCCCAGGGCUCCGGUACCGCCGACCAGCCCACCUCCUGUCCCCUCUAACCCUCCAGGACCCGAGUCCUGCAGUAGACUGCCGAUACAGGAGUCCAGCGGACCUCCUCUAGAGGAGCAGGCCCGGGAGGACCCCGCCGCGGGCCGGGACGCCGGCGACGGGUCGGGCAGCGUCGGCGGGAGCGGCGACAGCGUGGAGGAGCAAGUCCGGGAGAACCUGGACGCGGCCGUCAGGAGCCCCCGCCAACCCCCCCCUAAGGACCCAGCGUCGCUCUUCAUGGUAGGCAGCUGCACCGCACAGGACAGCAAGGUGUGAGCCGCGGACGCACGCAGGGAACCAGACCCCCCCGGGACCGCCACACUCUGAGGGGGCGGGGUGGGGUUGGUCUACUGCCACAGCUGCUGUUUCCUUGGAGGUGCUGUACCUCAGCGGCCCCUAUUUGAACCAUGUCGUAACGGUGCCUGGUUCUUCCUCUUUCACCCUGAACUACGGAUACCAGACUCCCCCAAAACGUACCGUCAAGGCCCCAGUGUUUGACCUUCGUGUGUUUAUCCUUUUCUCUGUUUAGUAUGUCGCCAGUGUGUACCAGAAUGUCAAGUGGAUUAGUUUGGGGCCAGGGGGAUGCCUGGCCUUGGUGUUGUGAGAGACCUGGGUUCGAUUCCCUGUGGUGACGUGUAGCCUUACUGUCCACGCUACAUGGAUGGUUAUGGUUUUAUCUAAGAAUGUAAAAAAAAAAACGUGCAAUGUGGUGAAAAACCAAGGGUGGGUCAGUAUAUUUAUGAAAGUUACAUUUAAAGAAGCAAAUGCUGCAUGUGAUUUAAACCAAUGCAAAUCAUACUAUAUUUAUAUACAUAAAGGAAACAGUGGUGUUGGAGUGCAAGACUAAACCAAGGUAUUACGUGGGGGUUCCGGUUAACGUGAUUCAAAUCAAUCGACAAUCAAACUUUUUUAUUUUGGUUCCUACUCAGGCCGUGGACACUGGACGCAACGUUAGCCAACAUCGUUCAUUCCAAACCGUUAGCAGAAUAGGGAAACAUUAACUGCCAGGUUCAGUUAACUUUCCUCUUUGUAGCAUUAGGACUGCUGGAUUAUUUUACUGUGUUUGUGCAGCAACGAAUAUCCAUCAUGUUGAAUCAAACAGUCCGGGAAAAGUUCCCGGAUUGAUGUGAAAACUAUAUUUUAUUAAAGGGUGUUUAUAUCAUUCCAGGGUUCAACCACUGGAGCUGCCUUUGUUAGGUCAAGAAUUAGUUUGUUGGUUUUUACUAUGCGUUUGCAUCUGUGGUUACCUAUUGUUAUUUGUUAGCCUGUUGGUUUGUGUAUCAUUGUUUGUGUUUUUAUUUUUUACCAAAAAUCUGAAUUGAGUAUGAAGCUGAUUUCUUAGCGUUGUAUGUAAUAUUUUUGUAGUAGGGCAAGUA